AGUUGAUUAUUCUUAAGCUUGCUACGGAUUAACAAUCCGGGAAAUUAACCUGUUUUGCACUAAUUUAUCACAUCAUAAGUGUCUUUCUUCUUGCUGUCUAAAAAGCGGUAACUCCAAUGUCCAAAUUAUUCCCCCGAUCGCUGGUGGAAAAAUGAUUGCAUUAAACUAAAUCAGACCCUCGUUUCUGGGCUUACCACUUACAAGAAAAGUGGUGUUGUGAAUUGAAGAGCGAACCGGCGGGAAACCUACUUACACUCGGGUUUGUACUGCUUGUUCCACUAAUCGCACAGAAUAGGACAUUAAGACGGGGGGCCCCCGUGAAGGAGAGGACCGAGUUUAUUCUAGGAACAACGACAACGAGCAGCUACAGAGGCCGGCGCUAGGAGAAGCUCGGAGGGAGGCUCGUUCUGUGCUUACUAAACCGUACGGUAAACGCACUCCGUUUCCUUCACUCCAGACCAGCCAAAGCGAGACACCAAGCGUGUGUGUGUGUGUGUGCAUGGACGUACGUACGUGUGGAGUAAAUUGAAUAAUAAUUCCUCUGAAAACCUCACGGGUUGCGUUUUGAUCGCGUGUCGUUACACGCUACGAAAUAUAGUAGUUGGCGGUGCCUGGCUGGACGGACUGCCCUUUUGCCUGUAUAUGGUUGUGUGCGUGCGUGCGUGUGUGUGCGGGGGCUCUUUGUAUGUCGAAUCGCAUCGUCUCUGUACCCCGGUUCUUCGGUGUACCGCUUUUUCGGAAGAAAAGUGUUCGGGAAGAUGAAUGAACCAAUUUACUCCUCGCCCCCAGCAGCAGCAACAACGGCAGCGACACAAUCGUAGCAAUCGUCGCAGCAAUCUUCAUUUGGCGGCUGGCCUGCGCUGGCGAUUCCGUUGGGUAUUAUUGGGCGGCAGGCAACGGCCUGCUGCGAGUGACAGUUAUUGAGCAAUUUGAAUCAGUGUGAUGGUGGUAUAUGCCGACAAUAGCGUCGAGAAGUGUUUUUUAUUUGUUACAUUGCUGCUCACUCACGACGACGGUGACACGAGUGCAGUGCGCGCCAUAGCAAGAAGCAAAGGAAAAGUGAAAUAAAAGUGUCAUUCUAGUGACUCCAUAAAGAAAAAGGAAGGAGAACAAAAAGAAAAAAAAACACACACACAUCAAUAACAUCAUCAGUGGGUGUGCGUUCCGGUGUGCGUGUGUGUGCAGAUAGGUGAUGGCGUUUAGCGCACGGUCGUUAAAAUAUUAAACGUUUCACACACGGACAACAGCGCUUCCAUCGCGAACGAAUAGUGUAAUGACAAAAUAACACCAAGUUUCUUUAGCAAAAAGUGUCUUUGCCAAAAAAUCGCUGAAAAGCAGAUAAUUCAUGUGAUUGAGCGCGUAUGACAACACGAGCUCACGAUUGAGGACGCCUGCAGAAAUCGGAAACCCAAAAUGACCCAAGCGGAAGAGCUGCUAGAGGUAAAGAAUCUCUACCACAGCAACGUGCCGGACGAUCAGCAUUCACCGAGCCACGGUGAGAAGGAUCACCAGCAGCAGCCGACCAACAACGAGCCGAACCAUCUGAACACCGUCGGACGGCGAUCCGUGACGGAAAAGAUCGUCGAGCGAAAUGGUGGUGGUGAUCACAGCGAUACGGUUGUCCGCGCUACUACCACCGACGGUGCCUCUUUCAUCCCCGAUAGCGCUCCUCCGAGCGGCGGUGAAUGGACCAAGCAGACGCAAUGGCAUCCACACGUGUACGCUAACCCACCGAAGCAACCUCCAACGCCACACUCGAUCAUGGACAUUCUCGGCUGGAAAGGAACGUCACUCGCCAAGUGCACUUCCAGCAGCAGUAGUCCGCCUUCUAGCGCUGCUCUCCCGGAAAGUCACACAAAACCUUACAGUGCGCUUUUCGGAGCGCCCAUUCCGGAGGAAGCAGCAGGCCAUGACGUUUCUUCCCUGUACUACCGUCCGACCGAUGUGGAGAAGCGGCGGGUGAUAGAGGACGAGGACAACAUUACCGUCGAUCAGGACGAUGACAGUGACGAUCGUGAUGAUGAGGAGGAUGAUGUGGAGGACAAAGGGAUCAAUGUCGAUCGUUCGCGUCCGAUGAGUCCCAGCGAUGAGCCGCUUAAUCUGUGCAUAUCAAAACCGGCGGACACAACGGCUGCUGUCGGUAGACGAACGCCCAGUCUGGGUCGCGGCUCGGUGGAUCGUUUGCACGAGCGCAAAAUUACAUCCGAGGAAGAUUCCACACAAGAGUCAACACGAUCCUCCUCCGUACACUAUCACCAGCGGCGGCACACACCAUCCGUACGCUCUUCCACGUCCGCCCAAUACCCACAGCGUCCAAGAAGUGUUGUGCCUCCGGCAGCGUUAACACACUCGAGCGAUGGCGACUCGGACAUCUGCAUGUCGAACGAUGACUCCUCGACUACCGAUGGUCACUUUAGUAGUGCGGUUAACGAUGCUGUCGCGUCGGCCACCAUGACCAUGUCGACGCUAUUUUCUCUGCCCAAGCCGGCGGGCGCCGGGUCCACGUUGUCCACGAACAACGGUACGGUGCAGGGCGAAGAGGACUCGACCAGUGUCGGUAGCCACCAUCGGCGCAAGAAAAAGGCACGCACCACAUUUACGGGCCGUCAAAUCUUCGAGCUGGAGAAACAGUUUGAGGUGAAGAAGUAUCUGUCGUCGAACGAGCGGACCGAAAUGGCGAAGCUGUUGAACGUUACGGAAACACAGGUAAAAAUAUGGUUUCAAAACCGGCGCACCAAGUGGAAAAAGCAGGACAGCAGCAGCAACACAGCGCCCGGAGACGUACCGCCGUCCGCGGUCAUCCCGUCCUCUUCCACAAACUCCUCCCACUCGCCAAAGGAUGCGUCCAACAAAGCUAGUGCCGGCGCUAGUAGUGGUGGACGCAUUUCGAAUGUGGCUUCAAAAUGCACGGCAUCUACAAUCAGCAACAGCACGGAACAGCCGGCGAAAAUGGCGUGGAUCAAUGAGCUCGAAAGUGUGCAGCAGGAUGCAGUAGUACAACAGCAGCAGCCGCCAGCUCCUGCGGCGUCAGGGAAAUCGCGAGCGUAUCUAAAGGCGGGUACCGCUGUACGAAAAGGCUCCACGGGUACCGCUGAGCAGAGACGCAGUGCAAAUAGCAAACAGCUCGAGCGCCAUCUAGCGGUGGGUAGCAGCGGUACCGAUCGCCGUAGCAACAGUAGCAGUAGCAACCGAAGCAAUAGCAGCGUCUCUGUUGAACACUCUCACCAACAGAUGGCGCAGUCCGCAUGACGUCCGCGGCAGGAUGAUAAAUCGUGAAGAAAAAGCAGCAUCCGAAUUGAUUCAAUUAGUUAAGCCCAGCCGCGCCUUUUACCCGGCUCCAAACCCUAUCAUCCCAGUUCUAUUAGUUUUUUUGCGAAUGAUAUUAGUGUUUAAUUCUGUGCCAUCAUCUCCGGGACGACGCUACACACCACCCUCCUCCUACCCACGAUUACGUCCCGGGGUUCGUCAUAUGCUUGCCGUAUGUUUUUUUGUGUUUGUUUUUAAGUCACCCGAACGGAAGUAUCCUAGCUAGUGUGAGUGUAUGGGAGUGUGUGUAACGAGAAGAGAGUUUGCUUGCGUGUGUUUUGUUUUUCGGUUUGCACCUUUUGAGGAUAAGAAUUCGGCGGGUAGUUAGAAGCAGGAAAACAGGAAACAAUUUAAUCACAUGAAAAGAGAGUAGGACGCAACAAAUAAAGCAUGGUUUUGGUUUAUAAACACCAGACACCAAGGUAGCAAAAAGGGUAAACCGGUAGACGGUGAUUUUGAAGCGUGUGUCCAUUGCGAAUAAAAACAACAACCACAAAAAACGACGAAAAAGUGUGUGUGUUUGUGUUUCAAUAUUGUCCCAUUUGGCCCGUAAAUUUCCGUUAACUUUUAAAUAUUUGAAUGUUUUGCUUUUAUUUUGAUCGACAACAACCACACAACAACGCGAACGCGCGCAAGGGUGGCUAGCCUUUUUUGCUCUGUUUCCAUAAUAAUGCACCAUUAAUGAUAGUUGUAUUCCCGUUUCUUUCCCUGCCUCCUCCCCAGCUAGCCCCUGCAACACCGCGCUUCCGGUGCCGAUCGGUGUUGAGCGUUUUACUAUUCCCCCUGGUUAACUGGCCCUGGGCGCUUUUGUUGUUUUAUCCGUCUCCCUGGUCUGUCGAUUUUGUUCACAAUCGUUUUAAAUAUAUGCUUUUGUAACAAGUUGCACAGAUUCAUAUUAACCGGUUCCGUAUGUGGUCCGUAUGCGGUGUGAGCUCCUCCAAUCCAGGAAGAUUCUCUUCGGUUUGGUCUUGGUAUUGGUCUGUCUGUCUGUUUGGUCCCGUGCGGAAUUUUUGGAGCAAUCGGAUGGUAAGUCUGGCUGUGUGUGUCUUUUCCUUUGCGGUCUUUGAGUGAUUUGUUUUUCCUUUGUUUUCAAUCGCCGCGCUCGUUCUUUUAUAUAUUGUCUUCACAUACACGUUUAUAUGAAUUACAGAAGAAAAAAAAAA